AGUUCCUUUCCUUCUCCAUACUCUUCUCUUCCCAUCACUCUGUCUUCUCUUGAUUGUUGUCUCCCCAGACCCGGCAUUCACUAUAUCUGGUCUCCCUGGACCCUGCAUUCCCUAUAUCUGGUCUCCCUGGACCCUGCAUUCCCUAUAUCUGGUCUCCCAGGACCCUGCAUUCACUAUAUCCGGUCUCCCAGGACCCUGCAUUCACUAUAUCUGGUCUCCCCAGACCCUGCAUUCCCUAUAUCUGGUCUCCCAGGACCCUGCAUUCCCUAUAUCCGGUCUUCCAGGACCCUGCAUUCACUAUAUCUGGUCUCCCCGGACCCUGCAUUCCCUAUAUCUGGUCUUCCAGGACCCUGUAUUCACUAUAUCUGGUCUCUCUGGACCCUGCAUUCACUAUAUCUGGUCUCC